AUGACCUCCUUCGCUCCCCAUCGCGAUCCCCACCACCCCAAUCGGGACCCGCGUCAGCACUGCCCUCCCCGCGCUCUCCACCACGGUGCCAGCGAACAACUCCACCACCCACUCCCUGAACUCGGCCGCCCCAAGCAGCUGGGGCCCGUCACUACCGCCGGAGGGGGGGAGGGGCCGAUGGCAGGCGGUGGUGCGAAGGGCGCGGUCGACCUGGGACUGGGAGGGGGGAGAGGGGACCCACCAGGAGACGAGAGGGGAGGAGGAGGAGAGGGAGCAGUGGAGGUGGGCAGCGGCGGAGGAGAGCUAGUAGGGGAAGACGUCAUCAAAGGCGUGCUGGGUGAGGGAGAGGCAGUGGGCGUAGGCCGAGUCGCAGGUUGA